UACACAUGGUCAACCCGUGAAGACAGUAAAACCUGAGACCAGUCAGUCUGAUAAUACUGCAAGAAAUGAUGAUAACACUGGUGGUGAUACAGAUAUUAAGGCUGGUGAUAAUGCUUAUGAUAAUACUGGUGAUAAUACUGGUGAUAGUGCUGGUGGUAGUGCCGGUGAUAAUACUGGUGAUAAUGCUGGUGAUAAUACUGGUGAUAAUGCUGGUGAUAAUGCUGGUGAUAAUACUGGUGAUAGUGCUGGUGGUAGUGCCGGUGAUAAUACUGGUGAUAAUACUGGUGAUAAUGCUGGUGAUAAUGCUGGUGAUAAUGCUGGUGAUAAUACUGGUGAUAAUGCUGGUGAUAAUGCUGGUGAUAGUAAAACAGAUAAAGGAGAGUUUGAAAGUGGACAAGAACAUUGGCUUGGAGAAGAUAGGGUUGAUAUAACUGGUGGUUAUUGUCAGCAUGUAGAGAAUGAGCCUGUAGUAUAUUUGUAAUGAGAUGACAUGGAGAAGAUAUCUACCACCUGUACCAGUACAUUCAGGUUAUCCAAAAGGUUGGGUGUUGCUUAGUGAUUGUUUGCUCAAUAUGCCAGUAUGUUUGUUCUGUGAAAUGGUCAAUGUUUGUUAUAAAAUAGAAGGACUAGAGGAUGUUUUAGAACAUCCUCAGAAGAGGUUUUAUCCAGUUAUAAACUUACCUUUCUCUCUCACCCAACAACUUCUCCACUCUAAAAAGUAUGUACAAUCAUUCUCCACAUUGUGUUAUUACAUGGCAGAGAUGGGACUUCUAUCAUUUGGCAGGGAAGUCCUCAAAGAGAAGGAUCAGAUGUUCAUAUACCUGCACAAAAAUGCUUCUUUAUUAGACACAAAGCUAUCGUUAAAGGGUUACAACAAAACAAACGCUCCUGAAGGUCAUGUUUUCCAAGAGAAACAAUUCCACUUUGAUACUUUAAGUGACCUGCAGACAUACUGGGAAAUUCUUCAGAUUACUGCAGUAAAUAGUAAUCUAGGAUGUAAAUCAAUGGUUCAUAAAGACCUAGAAGAUGAAGUAACAUUUGAAGUAAAAUCUUUGAAGCAAGCAAGUGCAGCAUAUAAUCCAGAAACAGUGAAAGAUGUUGGUGUUUUACCUGGAGAUCGUAGGGGAGGUGCAGGUCUAGAUUCCUCUUUGUUCAGUCACACAAUGAAGAACUGGUCAAACUCUGGUGUGCUCAAACCACAUAGAAAAUACAGGAAACUGUCUAUUGCUGUUGGACUUAAAGGAGGACUGGACCUAGAAAGUAAAAGGGAAGUUGUGGACUUCUUUAAUAAGAAUCGACAGAAAGGCAAGGAAAGACCUGAUGAUCCUAAAAAACCUUCAGUUGUGAAAAAGAUUACAAGAGAAGUGUCUGGAAAUAAAGGGGGCAAAGGCAUCCUGAGAAGGGUACAUACAGAAUUCACCAAAACUCAUAAAAUAAUCAGCAGAAUGGAGGGUAAAAUUAUGAAAAAGAGAUGUAUAAAAAUACAAGAAAAAGUGAAGAAAAAGAAAAAGCCGUAUGAGAAGGGAGAUGCGAAAGACAAGGAUAUAUACAGAGAUCGUUGUAAGCUGAGAGUUGUCUGGUCUUUAAAAGAGGAUUCUGUGCUACUGAUGUGUCGUUUGGCUACAUUGAUCAUGGACAACAAAAAGAAAACAGCACUGGUAUCAUACAUCAGGAUUAGAGAUUAUUUACAUGAGAAAUGUGGAACCAUAGCUUACGACAAGACCUCACAGGCGGUACAGAGACGCAUAAAGUUUGUCUUAAAGAAUCCUCAGACAGAAGCCAAUUUACUAGUAUAUUAUCGGGAAGCCAUGCAGGACGAGUUUGUAUUGACAAAUUAUGUUUCAAAGGAGUUUGUCUUGACUGACACAGAUUUAGAACCGAAGUUUAGAAAACUGGUGGAAUAUCUUCUAGAUAAGUUUAAAUCGUUAGAUUUACAGAAAUGUUGCCUACCAGAUACCCUAGAAGAUCUUAGACAGAACUAUAGCAUUCAGUACAUUGGAAAACUUCAGCCUCGUAAAGUGUACCAUGAUGUGAAGAAUAAAACUGAGAUCUGUCAAGAUGUGCUGAGAAAUAUCUUACAUAGUGCUGUAUUGUUACAAGAUAAACAAGGUAGAACGCACGAGAUGUUCAAGCUGCUCAGUCAGUAUCCAGAUGCCCUACUUUCUGCUGUUGUUAGAGAACUGAGGACUGAUGGUCUCUUUGUGAUAAACAAGAAGAACUCCCAGCGUGAUUCUGUAAAUCAGUUACAGGCAGGAAUGGGUCUUAGAAAUUUUAAAGUUGCACAGAGGUACCUUUAUCAGUUCAAGCAUAAAUAUUUGAGUGUUAUGUUUGAAGAGAGUGCAAAGUUGAUAAGUGAAUUAAGUGAUAAACACAUCCAUGGUGAAGGAGAUGAUGAAAUGUUUACCCUGCCAUUUCAUCCUAAAAGUGGUGAAUGUGCAGCACUGUUUCCAUUGAUUCUCAACAGGAGGCUUGAUCUGAAAAUCACCAUGCCUCAGGAACUUGUUAUUGUUGAUAUGGAAGGCUUCUAUAAGUUUCCAUGGGGACGUGGUAAGAACUCAUCCUCACAAACAAAGGGAGAUAAGAUAUUACAAGAAAUAAAACAUCCUGAAUCUAGCAGAGAUAAACUGUCAGAAUGUUCAGCAGAACAGAGUAAAGAAGAUGAAAAUGCUGAGAAAGAUACAAAUGGUAAAGUGUCAAAACUUUCUAACACAGAUGAUAAAGUUGAAAAUAAUGCAAUGGAUAUUGAAGAUGAAACAAAUACAACAAGUCAAACUGAUCAAGAGGUUAAUAAGGAGACUGUUGACAAACCUGCGAGCAAGAAAUGCUCCAAAGAAAUCCCAAAAGAUAAAGAAGAACACGAGACAGAUUUAAGUGGACCAAGUACAAGUUCAACAAAGGUUACAGGUGACUCAGAUAAAUUGAAGGGUGUUGAAAAGUCAGAGAGUAACGUUAGUACUGGUAGUACACAUAUUAGCACAAACCACUCCACAGUUGUAAUUCCUGAUUUGGAUCAAGCCCACCAGACAUCAGACGCACUACCAGGUACGGUGGCGGGGAUAGCAUCCCGCACAUUGUUAUCAUUGAGACGAGCUGAAGAUUGCACUUGUGAUGAUAUCAGGAUAUUUAAUGCUCAAGACAACUUUGUUGUUAACGCGUGUGACAUUGGAAUCAAGAUAAGAAAAGAUCAAGAGGAAGGUAAAGGUGGAAAUCCAUUACUGACAAAAGUUUCAGCUGGUGAAGACAAGACUAAACAUACUGCUAAAGGUAGUCAUAUCAGUAAUCAGAUUUUAACAGACAAAACAGCUGUGGAUGAAGUUGAUGAAAGGACAGAGGAGAAACUGAUGAAAGAGAGGAUGGACAAUGUAUCUAAGCUGUUGUUGGAUAAAACUAGAAUUAAAGAUAUAUAUACCAACCUCCAGAAACUACUUCCAUUCCAGAUUGACAUACAGCAAGUAUGGGCCAGUAUUAAAGACCAGGGUGCUUCUGAAGAAGAUCUUAAGUUGUACAAGAAAGUUUACAGUGCCAUAGACAGUCAUGGAGAAAUUGGAGUGAGAUGUUAUGACCUUAAAAAAGAGUUUGUAUCUGGUACUCCAUGGAGAGAAGCCCUAGAUAUCCUCAUACAUCAGAACGCUGUAUGUAUUAUUUCUCCACGCUUUACUUAUACUUUCCUCUUCUUAUCUCCAUGUGUGUCAUCAUAUUUCAUUUAUGUUGUUCAUAUUUCAGUGUCAUAGCUCUAGUUAUGAUCAUAGCAAUAUUAUACAAGUUGUAGAUAUAUAUGGGAACAAUUUGUUUGUGCUCAGAAACACAUAAGAGUAAUGUUGAGAGAUGGUCAGAAACAGUCUGUAUAUGAUAUAUCAUAGUAUGAUGUUUAUUCUGUACAAACAAUAGUGCAGAAAUACGUCCUUUACUUAAUGUCAAGGUUAAUCUGUCUGAAACUUUAACAUACAUAAUCUAUCUGUCUAUUAUAGUUGAAUCUAUGUUAAAAAUUAUCACCAAUUAAAGACAACAUUAAGAAAACUUGCCACUUAGGGUGUUCAUGUCAAACAAUUACCUUUUAAUGUGAGACCGCAUGUAAAUUUUAUACCCUUGAGUCUAGUAUUUAAAGUUUUAACUGCCACUUCUGGUGAAAAUUAAAUUUUGCAAUUUUAUGUGUGUUUUAUUAAAAUUCAUAUACAUGUAUGUGAAAAUUACUACAUGUAAUUAAAAUACUGUCUGAAGUCCAAUGUAUAUAAACAUGGUAAUGUAUUGAUAUAGAAAUCCAAUUUCAAACAAGAUUGUUUGUACAACAUUACUUCAUCAAAUAUAAUUCUUAUAUUGCUUUUAAAUUGAAGUGACAUCAAAUACAAUAUUUAUUACACUACACUUUGAUGUUUAAGAUUUAUUAUAUGUUCAGAAAAUAUUUGUUUGCAUCAGGCUUCCCCAGAAAGGAGGAAAUUAGCUUGUAGACAGGUUUUUGUGGUGACCAAUAUAACAUUUAAUCUGAAUUAAAGUAUGGAAUUUCUCUUUGUAUAAGAUUAUCUUAGAAUAUUAAUAUAAA